CCUGAACAUUGGCUAAAUCGAAUGAAAUCCGAACCUAUAAUGAAUGGCCGUACCGAUCUAGGUUAAGGGUUCUACAGGUAACAUUAUGCCAAAACGCCCACACGACGAGUCAGCUCGCGAACUGCCACAGAAGCGAGCACGCCCGACACUCGCUCCGGAUCGACUAUCGGCGCUGAGCGAUGAGCUCGCUCUCCACGUUUUGAGCUUCCUUCCUAUCCGCUCUUUAAUAACUUGUCAAAGAGUAUCCCGUCGGUUCUAUAUCUUGGCCAGCGAUUCAGAAAUAUGGAAGCGAAAGUAUUACUCGCGCUGGAUACUACCUCGUGCUCGACGAGUUAGGCAGCUUACACAGCUAGAUGCAGCAAUCGAGCCUAUUGGCUAUUCCUCCAAGGUGGUAAAAUGGCUGGAACAUGGACGCUCCUGGAGGGAAGGCCGGGAAAUCGAUUGGAUGAAGGAAUACCGCCUCCAACAUAACUGGUCAAAAGGGAGCUGCCGGGUCAGAGAGCUGGAAGUGGCACAACCACCGAUUCCACCGGUUCUAGUGAAUCUACAUAAUGGAGUUGUGUUUACCGUGGACGCGAGGAAUGGACUUCGGGCGUGGUCGAUGAAGGAUACCGAGGUGAUGCUAGCGAGUCAAUCCUUCGACGGUUUUCCAUCCGUAGCACCCACAGCUGUGGCGAUUUCCUCCAAUGAGUCUUCAUCAAAAGAUCAAACCGUCGCGGUUGGCUUCGAAGAUGGCUCAUUCGAAAUAUACACGUUAGACUACGAUACCAAACGGUUCAAACGUCGCCUGUCAAAAUCCAAACAUGAAGAUGGCGAAAUCACUGCUCUUGCUUCAUGUCCAGGCUAUCUACUUGUGCUUUUUCAGAAUAAAAAGCUCUCUUUGUACCGGCUGGCUUCGCAUUCCUCUCUCCGCCUUAUCGACUCGCUGCAUGCGAGCAAUAUUCGAGCCCCACUUACGUUGUCCGUACGAAUCGUCGGGUCUGGUGUUAUUGCAUCCAUCGCAUACAGCUUUCCUAGAAUCGGAUGCGGUUGGUGUAUCGGUUUACAGGAGGUUCGCUGGGACGAAGACGGCCAAAAUCUGGGUUCCCACCUUGCUACACCGCUGGAUUCCCAAGCAUUGAGUUCUCCAAUAGGUCUUGGAGUCACGAUGAGGCGAUCUGAAAAUCCAGUGUCAGCGCUUCAGCGACAGCAGUCUUCCUUUCCGUACCCAUCCUACACGCAGCCUCCCACGGCAUUGUCUUACUCCCAUCCUUAUCUACUGACUGCGCACUCUGACAACACUCUUACUACGUACCUGGUUGUGUCAACUGCAGAGAAAUUGACGAUCAGCCCUCCUCGUCGUUUAUGGGGGCAUACAUCAUCGAUUUCCGGGGUUCAGGUUGGUGGACGCGGUAAAGCAGUGUCGGUGAGCUCUCGGGGAGACGAUAUUCGUGUCUGGGAGUUAGAAGGAAUGGUCCCGUCACCGCUGAUAGCAAAGGCACCACGAUUACGCGAGCGGAGCAUACAGCUGAGUCCCGAGAGGAUGAAGUCGCAGUCAGCUCCGAUAGGGUCGAAAAAUGCGCCUAAUGUCUUGUUGGAGUUUGGGGCCAGCCCGCGGCUUACUCAAAAGGAUACCUCGAGCGAAUUGACUAAGAUGACAGGCCUAGUAGGCUUUGAUGAUGAACAAGUUGUGGUGCUCCGAGAGCAGGACCUUGGAACACAGCUUCUUGACUGCUAUGAUUUCAGGUAGCAUUGUGAUUACGGUUGCA